AUACAACAAUCUUCAAACUCCUCUCUUCUCACUCUCUUUACCUCACUUCCCCUGUUUGCCCCUUCUCUUUAUCUCUCUAGCAAUGGCAGUUCAUACCUUGUUUGUUUUUCCUCUCUUCUUCUUCUUUACAAUCUUACACCUCGCUAAUGGAGACUAUGGAGGUUGGCAAAAUGCUCAUGCAACUUUCUAUGGCGGUGGUGAUGCUUCUGGCACCAUGGGAGGAGCUUGUGGAUAUGGAAAUUUGUACAGUCAAGGAUAUGGAACAAACACAGCAGCUUUGAGUACAGCUCUGUUUAACAAUGGAUUAAGUUGUGGUUCAUGUUAUGAAAUGAAAUGUGUGAAUGAUCCUCAAUGGUGUCUUCCUGGUUCAAUCAUGAUUACUGCAACUAAUUUCUGCCCACCAAACUUGGCUUUAUCCAACGACAAUGGCGGUUGGUGUAACCCUCCUCUUCAACAUUUUGACAUGGCUCAACCUGCUUUCUUGAAAAUUGCUAAAUACAGGGCUGGAAUUGUCCCUGUCUCAUUCAGAAGGGUGUCUUGUAUGAAGAAAGGAGGAAUAAGGUUCACCAUUAACGGUCAUUCUUACUUCAACUUAGUAUUGAUUAGCAACGUUGGUGGAGCUGGAGAUGUUCAUUCAGUGUCAAUCAAGGGUUCCAAGACAGGCUGGCAAGCAAUGUCAAGAAACUGGGGCCAAAACUGGCAAAGUAACUCAUACCUAAACGGACAAUCUCUCUCUUUCAAAGUUACUCUCAGCGACGGCAAGACCAUCGUCAGCAACAACGUCGCUCCAUCUGGCUGGCAGUUUGGACAAACUUACUCAGGUGCCCAAGUUUGAGAUUCAUGCAAGAAAGAGGCAUUGCCUAAGGCCAUGCCUUGUCUAGUGACUUAGUUUGGCUUUUUAUUUGAGGAAUUUGUAUAUCUACUAUGAUCCUUCUGUUUGCAAUUAAGAAGAACUAAGGACGUAGGUGUAAUAGUAAGUAGUUUUUAGGUGGUGAAGAAGAGGAGAAUGAGAGUGGAAGUGGCUGUGUAUGGCUGAGGUGCCUUAAUUCGCACCCGUCUAGGCCUUCAUUGAAUUAAUAUACUAGUUUUUAUGUUUUUUUAUUUUUUUUAUUAGUACUUUAUUGAAAAAAAGUUUGAUGUUGCAUUGCUGAUUAAGCAUUUUAUUGAAUUAAGAGCAAUGGGAAAUACAAUAUGAAUAAAUUUUUCGUUU